AUGAAUAGUUCAGAAGAAUUUAAUUCUUUAUCUGAAAAUGAAGAUAAUAAUAAUGAACAAACUGAAAAAGCUCAAUGUUCAAUUGAAGGAUAUGAAACAACAUAUGUGUGGAAAGGAUUCACUACCAAUUUAAUAAGCUAUCUUUAUUAUAUACAUCAAAUUACUAAAGAAUUAUUUAAAGAUAAAUCAUUAAAAAUUAAUCCACAAAUGAUUCAGCAAUUGGAUGAACAUAAUGCAUCUGAUAUUAUUGAGUCGGUUAAUUUGGUUCUUAAUAAAUUUAAUAUUGAACAUUCAAAGAUCUUCACUAUUACUACAGAUAACAGUUCAAAUAUCAAAUCUGCAAUGCAACAAUUGAAUAUUACUAAUGUAAAGUGCACUAAACAUACACUUCAAUUAAGUGUUAAUUUGGGUUUAAAGGAACUUCGUGAAGUUCAAUUACAAAUUACUCCAGGUUUAAAACAACCUUUAGAUAUUAUUAAAGAUGUGAAUACAUGUUGGAAUUCCAUCCUUUAUGCUAUUAAAUGUCUUAUGCAUUUAAAACCUACUAUUAUACAAUUAUACUCAACUCUUACUAAUCAUACUAUUAGAGAAAUUAGAAAAGGGGCAGAAACUAUAGUAACUCAAUUCUUAAGUGGAUCCAAAUACCCAACCCUUAGGUUUAUGACACCAAUUUUAGAAGAACUUGCUUGUCAGCUCAGUGCUUUACACCAUUCAACUAUCCAAAAUAUGCAUUGUCAAUUUAAUGAACUUUGUCCAACACCAACCUCUGAUAAUAAUAAUAAUGAUGAUUCAAUUUUAGUAUUUUUGCAUUCAUAUAAAAAAUCCAAAAUGUCAACAUUUUUUAUGUAUUUACAAACAGAAAACUCUAACAUUGAAUCCAAUGAAUUUGACCAGUAUUGUCAACUGCCUGAAAUUUCUCUUAAUGAAGAGUCUUGCUCUCUAGAAUGGUGGCAUAAAUACAAAACCCUCUUUCCUAUCAUGACAAUUUUGAUGAGGCCAUACCUUGCAGUGCCAGCUUGCUCUGUACCAUCAAAGG